GCGCGGCGGCAGACCGGCCGGCGGUCAGUGUUGUAGUGGCGAUGGACGGCGGCGCAGUGAGGACGUGGUGUCUGGCGGCGCUGCUGCUGCCGCUGCUGUUGGGGGCCCUAGCGGACCGCGCGGCGAGCGAUGACGAGGACGGAGCUGAUGAUGCGGAAGACGAGUCGUCGACGUCGCUGGUGCAGAAGCAGGGCGAGCGGGUGAUGAGCGAGCAGGUGCUGGCGCUGCUGGACCACUUCCGGCAGGAGGACCCCAAGGGUCUGCCGGGCGCGCCCGUGCCCGACCCCAUGGACAUCCCGGACAACACCAAGUCCUUCACCGGCGCCCGCAUCACGCUCAAGGAGUCCAAGGUCUACGGCCUGUCGCAGUUCCGCAUCGAGCACGUCCGAACCAACCUCAAGGACACGCAGAUGUCGGUGGGUGUGAGCAUCGAGAAGCUGGAGGUGGUGGGCAGAUACACACUGCGUGCCUGGCUGUCGGGCUCGCACGGCCCCUACACAGUCACCAUGACUGGAGUCCAGGUGGAGGGCCUCGCCAUGCUGGAGGUGCAGCGUGACGGCAGCCUGGCUGCCGAGGAGAUCCAGAUGGACAUCUCCUUCAGUGACAUCGACAUGAACUUCGAGAACCUCGGCUUCAUGGGCACUGUCUUCCAGGGAAUCCUGAACUCAGUGGGUACGUUCAUCUUCGACAGCAUCAAGCCCUUCAUCUUGAAAGAGGUCAACAAGAACGUGCGUGGCGACAUCAACAAGAACGUCGCCAAAAUUCCGCAGCGCUUCCCCAACUCCAUCUCUCCAUUUGACACGGCCAUGUUCGACGUCCGGAAGAAGAUUCGGGAGAUGGGCUACGAUCCCAUGGGAGUGCCCAACUUCACCUGGGAGGGCGGACACGGAACAGUUGUGGUGGAUCUGUCCGGGAUGAUGAUGACUGGUCUGGCCACCUUCCACCGAGUGGGUGAGGUGACCAUCGACAUGGAGCGCAAAGUGGUGAGCGCGCAGAAGCUGAUGAAGGUGCGCCGGCGCGUGGUGGCCGCCUCCAACGGCACGUCGGACGAUACGGCCGUCUACGACGCCGCCGACAACAGCACGGCGAACGCGGCGCAGUUCGAGGAGGAGGUGGAGGAGCUGGUGGUGUUCGAGCGCCGCGUCGACCCCGAGGACGAGAAGUGGGCUCGCGAGCAGGGCGUGACCUUCAUCGAGGAGAGCAACGUGCUGACUGCGCACGCGCAGGUCGGCACCAAGCGGCUGCGCGGCUCCUGCCACUGGGACGCCAGCCUGGCCGGCCUCGUCACCAGCUCGGGGCUCGCCAGCUUCACCGUCGACUACAUACAGGUGACGGUGAGCGUCAGCCAGCCGCUGGACACCCGCAAGCGGCCCACGCUCGACAGCCUGCUGGUGCGCAUCGGCAACAUCCAGGCGCGCAUCGACGGGCUGGGCACGGCCGACUACGUGGCCGAGCUGAUCGUGAACGUGCUGCCCAACCUGCUGCGCCAGCAGAUCAUGUCCGCGUUCGCCGAGCCGCUGCGCCUGCGCGUCCAGAAGGAGCUGCUCUCCAUGGACGUGGACCGCGAGCUGCGCCGCCGCCUGCCCGAGAUGGACCAGGUGUUCUCCCAGCUGCAGCAGGAGCGAAACCAGUAGCCGGCAGUCUGCUCCAGACUGGCCCCCCGCAACAGUGACUCUGGGAGCGAGGCUGUCCCCGACAGUGGGCUCACGUAUUACCCGACGAGGCCAACUGGGGUCCCAGCCAGAGGGUGUUCAUGACCGAGGAGCGCACUGUCCGAUAUUUUGGGAACGUCAUCGUGCGCUAAACGUCUAGCAUCCUUUAAAUCAUUGGACGACCCACGCUAUCGACAAUACUUCUUGUGUACUGUGUCUUGAUCAGCAUUUAUUCUCUGGUAAUAAGUGUGAAUCUACGUUUGGUUUAAACAAAUCAUUAGCCAGUUGAAUUCUGUUCUUCUUUUUCAUCGUCAUCUUCUUCUGUACUUCAAGUAGUGGGGACCUCGCCUAUUCCAAUCUAAUGCCAGCCAUCUCUUCUGUAGUCUUCCAGUAUCUCCUUUUGCUUGUGGUUUGUCGUUCAAUAUUUGUUUUCUUAAUCUGCCUCCUGUCAUCCAGUCAAUAUACUCUAGUCAUUCUUAGCCCCCUUCUUCUUAUUCCUUUGUUAACUAAAUAAAUCCCCCCUACUCCCCAGCUCUGAUGUCUCAAUUUUUCAUGUAAUCCCUCACACUGGGACCCUUUUGGCUGCCUCAUAAAUUUCAUUUCACUGGUCUGCAUACGCGUUUCGUCAUGCUUUCGUGUUGUCGAGAAAGCUGUAGCCGUUACUUGAUUAAUUUUUGUUUUGUCGGUUUAUUGCCCAGUGGUGUGUGUGCUGUGCCACGCACUAUCUGAUAUGUCUUAAGGCAACAAUAUUUUUGUGAAUACUAUUAAAUGUGCCCUCCACGCAUGUGUGGUUCAGAAAAUAUAGUGUCAUUUGGAGAUCUUGCGCACUGUCUUACAAAAUUAUUUGGUCUCCAUCAAAUGCCGUUGUGUCUAUCCAGUUAUCCGUUCCUAUGAUAAUGUCCCAGUUAAUCUUCAUUGUCUGUUAUCAAGAAAGUCUUCAAUUUAAAAAAAAAAAACCACCAAAAACCGUGGGCUAUAAGCUAACCCAUGUCUCUCAUCCCUGUUAUGUGUUAUGGUUCCAGUCUUCACUUUUACUCAUGUUUAUUAUAAGUCUUGUUUCUAGAAUUAGGCUUGGGUCACGCUUGUCAAUUUAAAAUACACCAUAAAAUAAAAUUCUGUUGCUUCAUUUUUUCCUGAAUACAUAACAGACACGUACGGUGGACCAAUGAUUGCUGCCUACGAAAGUAUGUCGAUUAAUAUUGCAUGUCUUUCGCUAUUCUCACCGACACACACUCAGGUAUGGCCAUGCCACAGGUUCGUCUAUACAUCUGCGUUCCAUCACGGUCGACAGGGAGACUGUAGCGUCUCUGCUUCUAAGUAUCCCUAAGUGGCCAACGGUCCCUCGAACGGAGUACCAGACAUCUGAGCACGGAACGUGCAACUGUGCAGGUGGCUGUAAGGUGAAUUCAUCCACAUAUGUGAUGCAGGUAUGCCCUGCUCUGGGGGAAAAAAGGUCACUCUUACCAUAUCUUCAGUAUCACACUUACUGCAAGAAUAAUGUUGAUCAUACUUAUUUGCCGGUGGUGAUGAAAUCUCAUCAAUCCUCUCCCCCCCCCCCCACCAUUCCCUCCCCCCUGCUUCUCCACUCACCUCUAUCUAAUGUCGAAUCUCUCUAUUACUGUUAUUUAAUUCAACUCAAACGCUUUUCCAAUACGUUCCAUUGCCUUCUCCUGUAGUGGUAACAACUGAACUUGUGUGUGACUAUUGGUAGCCAAGUACCAAGUUGACUCCUGCUAGUGUGGGACCACAGUUGGCUUUAUCGAGUAAUAGAUCACCAAAAAUUAAAAUUUAUUUUGCGGAAUCACUGGACUCGAGUAACAAAUAUAAGCUACAAUGAGUUAGUGUAUUAGGGAAAUCGUGCUGCAGUCUGUUGUGAAUGAACUUUAACAACAUCAGCAGCAGCAUAACAUUAUUCAGCCAAAGAUGAAAGUACACUUUCAGAUAAGAAAAAUGAGUGCUAUGAGAUACUGAUAGUUUAAUGGACCAUUUAACUGUAUAUUAUGGUGUGAAAUGUUUUAUUCUGUGUAUGUUAUUUAAAAGAUAUGUACCAGCUUGAAAGAAGUAUUUUAGACCAACGAA